GACUGGGCGGGAUAUCUGGACCAAUCUGGCAACACUGCGCACCAGCAUAGUGUGGACCUGCGCGUCCCGAUGGGUCCGUGGACCGAGAAGAAGGAGAAGGCUUUGGCUAGCUCGAAAGUGCAACUUGUCGCAAUGACCGGACCGUCCGUCUGCCCUCCCUCAGGCCACACACUGGAGCUGCGAUGAAGGCUGGGGCCUCGUCCAUGUGGGCUUCAUGCUGUGGUCUGCUGAAUGAGGUCAUGGGCACGGGGGCAGUGAGAGGCCAGCAGCCAGGCUUUGGAGCUGGUGCUGGACCCUUUCGCUUCGCACCCAGUGCGGGAUACUCUACGUAUCCGCCGACCGCCUCGGGGACCCAAAGUCUUGUGUGCAAAGCCUGUGGCCAGACCUUUUCUGUCUUCAGACGCAAGCACGUCUGCCGCGACUGCAAGAAGUGCUUCUGCUCGCUGUGCUCGCUGCUCCAGGAGGGCCUGCGCGCGUGCGCCACCUGCAGCCUGCUGAGGGCCACUGCCUUCCGGCGGCCGCGGCUCAUGCGGCUGCGCGUGAAGGACCUGCGGCAGUACCUGUUGCUGCGCGACAUCCCCACGGACACCUGCCGCGAGAAGGAGGACCUGGUGGACCUGGUGCUCUGCCAUCGCCGCUCCGAGGGGGAGGACGUCCGCCAGCACGAGGCGGACCGCGCCGAGCCCCCCCACGAGGACCGCCCCCACACCGCCGGCCUCCGCCCUCGCUCGCCCCCUGCGCCGCCGGCCUCGGUCGCCCCGUCGGUGUCGGAGCCGGCGGCCCUCCCCGCCCCCCCCGGGGAGGGGCCGCUCGGCAGGGGGGACGGCUCCGACAGCAGCCAGGUGAGCAGCCAGGACAACGGCGAUGCCACGUCUGUCUCCCUCCUCAACUUGGACCCUACCCCAAGUGUCCCCACUCAUGAGGUGACCCCCCAGGCGCGGAGGCGGGCCCGGGCCUCGCUGUCUGACCUCUCGGGGGCACGGGACAUCGAGAGCCUGUCGGUCCGGCAGCUGAAAGAGAUCCUGGCCAGGAACUUUGUCAACUACUCUGGGUGCUGUGAGAAGUGGGAGCUGGUGGAGCGGGUGUGCCGUCUGUACCGGGAGACGGAGGAGAACCGGAGAUCAAUGGACAACCUGAGUGCUGCUGUGACUGCAGUGGUGGCGUUGCCUCCCCCUCCUCCUAUCUGCAAUGGCGUCCUCGGAGAUGUCGACAAGGCCAGGCUGUCCAGCCAAGACGACCACCUGUGCCGUAUCUGCAUGGAUGCCGUGAUCGACUGCGUGUUGCUGGAGUGCGGUCACAUGGUCACGUGCACCAAGUGCGGCAAGAGGAUGAGCGAGUGUCCCAUCUGCAGGCAGUACGUGGUCAGGGCCGUGCACGUCUUCAAGUCCUGAGCUUCCACCUCGCAGCGGGGCCCUUCCUCCCCUCACCUCGGAGGCACGGCCAUCGCCGCAGGGCCUCCUGGGAAGAGCAUCCCGGCCCCUGAUUGAACCGCCGGGUUUACGUUUGGUUUCCUGCGUGUGAGUGUGUCCACUGAGCGUCCCUGUCGAGAGACGAAGAUGAAGAUCUGUCUGUAUUUGAGAAUAUAUAUAUAUAUAAUAACUUUUAUAAUAAUCAAUAUAAUGGAAAAUUGUUGGUGGAAAUGGAAUUGAUUUAGCUGAUGUAAUGUCGAUGUUGGUUUCAGAAUUAGGACUUUGAUUGAAGGAAUCCACAAAGAGAAGUAAUGUAGAGUCUGCUCCUUAAUGAGUCAACUAACCCUAUUGAUAACUUGCUAUUGAAAAUGUGCUUGCUCCUGAAUGUGUUAUUUAGUUUAAAAUCAUAAUCCUACGAAUAACAACCACUUGAAUGAAGAAUGUGUGGUUCUCAGCCCAGCUCAGUCUGUUUGAAUGACGCUCUCCACUAUGCCACUGAGCCACAGCCACCGGAUCAGUCCUCUACUUCCUGCUGCAACCGGAGCACUGCACACCUUAAUGUGAAUCACAGCUGAAACCCUGCUGACCUGCACUGCAGGCUUCUAACAAUACAAAGGACCUGGAAGGGGCAAUUAAACCAGGUGCCAAAAAUACCGAAAGGGGUUAUGUUAUGCCACCAGGUGUGGGAUGAGCCCAUACAAGCCGUUUGAAAAUCAGUAUUUUACUGUGAUUUUAGUUAUAUCUCAAGUGGUGUCCACCUAGAUGUAUGCUGGAUAGAUCGGUCUACCAGCCUACCCAGUGGACUUAAGCAGAUGGUGCUUAUCUACCCAGCAUACAUCUAGGUGGACUCUCCCACUUGUGAUGUCACUAAAACAAAGAAAAGGGCAUAAUUUUAAACGGCUUGUCAUGGCUAAUCACACUCACACCUGGUGUCAUAAUAUCACCCCUUUUUGUCCCGACAGUCCAGGCCACGGUUGGUUGGUAGUGGUAUGCUGGAAAGCACCUUCCGAUUUGUACUCAUUCUGUGCUCGUUUCACCAAUGCCAUCAUUCCAGCGCAACCCACGACCCAAUGACCUUAGCCGGGGCAUCAAUGCUUAAGAGUUUGAUGCACCAAUGGCAGUCGUCCCAGCCUUCAGGGUUUGCAGAAAAGCUAAUUAUCUACAUUACCAAUACAUUGGUAGUGCAAAUAAUUAAAAUAUCGAUACCUAGUGUAUCAAUACCUAGAAUGCAAAACAUUUUAAAUAAAAAAUUUUAAGUAAAUUUUCUUUUUGUUCAAUAUGGGAUAUAUUCUGAUAAGGGAAUGGUAAAGGGAUGCAUUAUGUAUGUGCUUGGUUUCAUUUUUGGUGAUCCCUGCAUAACAGUGAAAGCCUAAAGGUCUUUUGAGUGAUGGUGUGCCACACUCGUCGGCCCUGUCUCCAGGUCACUGCCCUCAGAAGACACAUCACAUGGAGCACAUCUGGAGCAAUAUGCUGUCGCCCUAUGGCCACCCUUUCAGCCCCUCAUUGAUCCCCCAACCAUACAAUACAACCGUAGUGCUAAUUCACUUUCUUUUACUGUUCUAAAACGACGGUCAAUGUGAUUUUUCUCAGUAGUCUUCCAUUUGUUUUGUCUUAUGCACCGUGAAGGGAAUUGGUAACAUUGUUGUUUUUCUGUCCAUUUAUUACACAUUGUAAAAAGUAUAAAAUAUACACAUAAAUAUAUAUAUAGCUUUGAGUUUACUGGCAGCUGUGGUACUAACUAUACAUGAAAAAAGUGACUUGCGGUACAGUUAUACAAAACCAUAUCACUGAGAUGUACAGAUAUAUUUUUUCUAUUUGAUUUCAAAUGUGUAAUAUCAGAUUAACUUUGUUUGAGAGUCUCGCUCUAAAUGUUCCCUACGCCUGGAAAAACCAGCAAGACUUGGCACUGUUGGGUUUGCCACGUGGGGAAAAGGAUUAAAAAUAUUUAGCACACACACCUACCUCCCCAGGUGAACCAAUAUGGGCGUGUUUUCUCCCCUCCCUGUUAAAUGCUCUGCAGUCUUCAGUCUAAUCCAUGGUGCUGUCUGAAGGCGUGUCAUGUGGUCGGUGACAGUGGCUGAGCAUGUCGCCCUUUCCUUCAGACUGUACAACAGCCGGUAUUUGUAUUUGGGAAUGUUACAACUUUUUAUUUUAGUAAUUAAAGAUUUUAAUAAACAUUA